AUGUUGCAGGUGCUUAAUAGAUCAUUACUACAAAAGUGUUCCAAAGUCAAACUACAUUCAAGAGUUAAAAGUGCCAUCAGAGAACACACGUCAGUAGCAACUACAGGAACGAAUUUGAUACCAAAUUCACCGUUUACAAACCAGUUUCUUGAACCUUUGAAAGAGAUCAACUAUGCUAGGGCCAUCCCGCAAACGGGAGCAAACAAGAUCACAAAUUCUUCUUAUUUGGACCUAAUACCUGAUAAAUACGAGAUUGAGGAGUCAGAGAAACAUAGCAAACAUUACACGUCAAAGAAUGAUGAUGUCACGAGGAAACCAUACGAGAAGGAGAUAAAUUACCUAAGAAACAUGCUAGAGUCAUUUGCAGCCGAAAGUUAUUUCGAACGAAGUUUCCAAAUCUUGAAAUCAUUGUCUAAAUUAGUUAACCAAGAAGAACUAACUCAAUUUGGUAAUAGGUCCUUAGAGGCGAUUACGCGAGACCCUAAAAUGAAACCAGAAGCAGUCAAUAAAGUUAUUGGACAAAUGGAGGAAUUUUGUAAUUUCAAACCAGAUGAACGCACUGAGGCCAUUGUUUUGAAAAGUCUUGUACAAAAUGAAGGUGACUUGAAUGAUUAUUUCGCUCAUUUGAAAGACAGGCGAACGAUUAAAAAAAUUCUUCGCAAUACCGAUGUAAUUGGUGCUGACAAUAUGUUCAAGAUAUUUGAUUCACGAGAGAUUGAUAUAUCAUGUAUUCCUGUGGAAUUGAUGGAAGUUUACAAAAGUUACAAAUUGAAUCAGCAAAAUGGAGAAGUUGUUGAAGACACAAUUAGACUACUGAAAAACAUUGAAAUCAAUGCAUUGGAUAAGGAAAAUUUGGCAGAAUUGAAACCAGUUGACUCUUUUGGAUUGAAGGUAGUGAGACAUUCGUUGCUCGGUCUCAAACCAAAUUCAGAAUUGGCUCUUCACUUUGCCAACGAGAUUGAGGAGAUUGUAGCUGAUCUCGACGAAGUUACAAAACAAGAAGUGAAGGACGGGAAAUUAAAUUAUCAUGACAUUUAUAAACGUUUGCAAACAGAUGAGCAAAGAGAAAAAUACAAUGCCGCUCUUGAAGAGUUCAAUUGGGACAGACAGAGACAAAUUGAAAUUCGAGGAAUAGAAGGUGCCAAGGAGAAAUGGAAGCAUGAUUUCGAAGAAGCACAGAAACGGGGUGAUUUCAACUUGAACAAGAGUAUGAAUGCUCAAUGUUAUGACUGGUAUCAAAAAUUAAUACCAUUGAUCAAAAAGGAACAUGAAUUGUGUAAAGCUUUGUUGCGAGAAGAAAAAGUAAACGUUCAGGAUGAUACCACAACUGCAAAGGAAAGAGCCUUUUAUGCCCCAUUUUUGAUUAAAGUUGAUGUUGAAAAAGCAGCUGUCAUAACAAUUUUAGAACUCUUGAAAUUGAAUGCCAAUCGUGGCAGUCUUGGUGGAAUGAGAGCUGCCAAAGCCGUCGGCUCAGUUGGAAGAGCCAUUGAAUUGGAAUACAGAACAAGUAAUUUGGCAGCACAGGAGUACAAAAUGUCCAUCAGUCGUAAAGUUGUUGGGUCCUCACAAAUGAAGAGAAUAGUUCGCAAGUCGAUUGAUUCUUUGGACGAAACAGACCCACAAUGGGAUCAUGCUACGAGGUCAAGAAUUGGUGGUGUUUUGGUUUCCUUUUUGAUGGCUAUAGCAAAAGUUAAAGUAGUAAGACAGUCACCAAAUGGUGUCAUUCAAGAUUAUCAUCCAGCUUUUUUCCACAGUAUGCAAUUUGUUAAUGGUCAACGAAUUGGCGUUAUCAAGGUGCACAAUGAGAUUUCCAAGAACUUGUCGGGAACUUCGUUUAUGGAAUCGAUUCAACCACAAUCGUUGCCAUUGUUGGUUAAACCUAAACCAUGGGAAUCUUUUUAUGGAGGAGUAGGAUUGUAUUCAAAGAAAGCAUUGGUUCGAAUGAAGGACGCGCCAGAGACUGAAGCAUACGUUAGAGCUGCUGCGAAAAGAGGCAACUUGAAAGAAGUAUUUGAUGGGUUAAACGUUUUGGGAACUACAGCAUGGACAAUUAAUAAAAAAGUGUUUGAUAUUAUAUCUCACUACUGGAAUAAAGGAGAAGAGUUUCUUUCAAUACCACCUGUUUUAGAGACAGCUCAAUUCCCAGCAAAAUUGAGUCCCGAUGCUGAUCCUUCAACAAGAUUUGAACACGCAAAAGCCACUACCAAGGCAGUCCGCGACUUUUCGUCUCUGAGAUCGCAAAGGUGUGAUUACAACUACAAACUUGAGAUUGCCCGUGGUUUCAUUGGUGAAAAGUUGUAUUUCCCACAUAAUCUUGAUUUUAGAGGUAGAGCAUAUCCAAUUUCACCCCAUUUGAAUCAUUUGGGUGGCGAUUUGACAAGGUCAUUAUUUUUGUUUUGGGAAGGUACGAAAUUGGGCGAAAGAGGCUUGGAGUGGUUAAAAGUGCAAUUGGCCAAUGUUUAUGGUGUUGAUAAGGCCCCUAUUCUGGAGAGAAUUCAAUUUGCCACUGAUCAUUUACAAGAAGCUAUAAAAUCAGCUGAAGAUCCUUUGAAUCAUAAGUGGUGGACCAAAGCCGAAAAGCCAUGGCAAGCAUUGAGCGUUUGUUUCGAAUUGGCUGAAGCUUAUAAGCUACCCGACCCCACUGAGUUUGUAUCCUAUUUACCUGUACAUCAAGAUGGUACAUGUAACGGUCUUCAACAUUAUGCUGCGUUGGGUGGUGAUUUUGAAGGUGCCAAACAAGUUAACUUGUAUCCUUCGGAUAGACCACAAGAUGUCUAUACAUUUGUUUCCAAAUUGGUUCAAAAUAGAGUUAAUGCUGAUGCUGAAAAUGGUGAUGAUAUUGCGAUUUUCUUCAAGGAUAAAAUCACGAGAAAAGUUGUUAAGCAAACAGUCAUGACCAAUGUUUAUGGUGUUACUUUUGUUGGUGCUUUAGCACAAAUCAAGAAACAAGUUGCUCAACAUUUUGGUGACGAGCAUGAUGCUCAUAUCUACACCAAAUAUUUAACCAAGCAAGUGUUUGCAUCGAUUAGAGAAUUGUUUGAAAAUGCCCAUUUGAUUCAGGAUUGGCUUGGUGAAGCUGCUAAAAGAAUUAGUAAAUCAGUUUCGAUCGAUUAUGGUGACGUUUCAAACAAUGAUUCUGAGCUCCACUCAUCAGCAGUAAUUUGGACAACUCCGUUGGGAUUACCUUGUGUUCAACCAUAUCGUGUCAAUGCGCAUCAUGCAGUUAAAACAUCAGUUCAAAAUGUUUCAAUCACCAACCCAUCAGGAACCUCAACCAUUGAUUCUCGAAAACAACAAGCUGGUUUCCCACCGAAUUUCAUCCAUUCAUUGGAUGCCACACACAUGUUGAUGACAGCAACCAGUUGUGGAGAAUCAGAUCUACAAUUUGCUUCAGUUCAUGAUUCAUUCUGGACCCAUGCUGCUAAUGUUGAUACCAUGAAUUCGAUAUUGCGUGAACAGUUUGUUCGAUUACAUACACAAAAUUUAGUACAAAUUCUUCGUGAUGAGUUUGUUGAGCGGUAUAAAGGAUCUUAUCAGAUUUUGCACAUACCAUUGAAUCAUGAAUUGACACUCAAGAUCAAAGCCAUUAAAAAGCAAUGGGCAACGUCGAUCAAGCGCGGAGUGACAAUAAAUGAUGAAUUAUAUAUGGAGAGAAAAAGACUUGAAAUGUUGCAAUCGAAUAACCCCGAAGAAGUUGAAGCUGCUAAAAAUAUGGAGACUACAAUCAGUGUUACUGAAGGUUAUGACCCUUAUAUAUUUUGUCAACCAACAAAGCUCAAAGCUUAUGAUAUUUUGGUUCCAAUUCAAUUUCCUGAAGUUCCACCAAAAGGUGAAUUUGAUGUACAAAAAGUGAGGGAUUCGCAUUACUUCUUCUCGUAG